AACACAAUUUCACAUAAUAAGAGUACCCGAUAUUUCUCUUCUAGAAAGGUGUAUAUUCUGCCAUUUUCAAUCUUAUUGCGUUGACCAUGAAUUCGAUAGUUAACAUAGUAUCAGAGCCCGAAAUUGAUUAAUCCAGUACCGGAGUUUACUUUGUAGUAAGUUUCUGAUUGUUUUUCUUUGUUUAUCAAGUCAUUUCAUGGUAGUAAUAUGUUCUGUCCGAUGAGAUAUUCUACGACGAUUUUGGUGGUCGUUUGCGGACGAUUAUGUGGUGGAUUUCGUUCAUUUUUCGACUCUCGUUAAGCAUCUGUUUUGUUGACGAAUUGAGAGAAGUUUGAUAAAUUUUCCCUAAUUUUGAAACCCUAAUUUCAAUUUUUGUCAAACAUCUGUUUUUGUUGUUGAUAUGGGUUCAAUUAGUGAGGAAACCUCUAAUGUUGUUGAUAAUUAUGUUGUCGCACCUUUGUCCCCCUUGUAUUUGCUCCCUUCCGAUUCUCCCGGCAUUGUUUUGGUCACUACGACCUUUGAUGGCACGAGGUAUGGGAGUUGGCGUCGGGGAAUGUUGUUAGGGUUAUCAUGCAAAAAUAAGUUAAGAAUGAUUAAUGGUACUGUUACUAAACCGAGUCCCAAUUCUGCACUUUUCGAACCUUGGACUAGGUGCAACGACAUAGUUGUUGCCUGGAUCCUUAAUAGUUUAGAUAGAGAGAUUAGAGAGACUGUGAUGUACACUGAGUCUGCUGAAAAACUGUGGAAGGAAAUUGAGCGUCGGUUUGGCCAAGCCAGUGAGAUAAAGAUUUUUCAAAUCCGCAAAGAGAUUUCUUCAAUUUCUCAGGGUAAUUCUACUGUUGCCUCAUACUUCAAUAGGAUUAAGAAGCUAUGGGAUGAACUUUCUUUCUCCAUUUCACAUCCUGUGUGCAUAUGUGGAUGCAAAGAGGCCUUCCAGAGGUUAGACGAGGAGCAGAAAGUUCAUCAAUUUCUUAUGGGACUGAACGAGUCUUAUUCUACCAUUAGGAGAAACAUCCUGAUGAUGAAACCUCUGCCCGAUGUUGAUAGUGUUUAUUCUAUAUUGAUAAAUGAUGAGAGUCAGUCUGGAAUUCAACCUAAUGUUCCUUCUUUCAAUUCUGAUUAUCUGGUGUAUCGGUAUUGCAAGAAGCCUGGUCACUCAGUGGACAAGUGUUUCAAGCUACACGGCUAUCCAACUGGUUUUCAGUCUAGGUUUAAGAGGAGUGCAGCUUUUGCUCAAGUUUCAGAUUCUCAGCCCAUAACACAUCCUGAGACUCUUGUUUGUGAGAACAAACAACUUCAUUCUGAAGGAGGGGUUCCCAGUAUUACCAAGGAGCAGUUUGAUCAGCCUUUGACUCUUCUUCAACAGUCCAAAGUCUCACCUGGACCUCAGGAGAUUUCUGUUGGAUCUGCCAAUUUUGCAGGUCUGAUAGGUGGUUGUCCUAUUUCAUGGAAGUCUAAAAAGCAGCCCACUCUUGCCUUGUCCUCUACUGAGGCGCAGAGUACAGGGCUCUUAGGCUUCUGGUUGCUGAGAUCACUUGGUUAGUCCGGCUGUUGGCUGAAUUUGGGGUGGUUGAUCUUCGUCCGGUUGUAGUCUAUUGUGAUAAUCAAGCAGCCGUCCACAUAGCCAAAAAUCUUAUUUUCCAUGAAAGAACCAAGCAUGUUGAGGUGGAUUGCCAUUUUGUUCGAAAUGCCUUGGCUGAUGGUUUGAUUUCUUUGCAUUCUAUUUCCACUUCUGCUCAGAUUGCUGAUGUGUUUACUAAAUCCUUGCUUGGCGUGCAGCAGAAGGCUUUUAUUCCCAAGCUUGGAAUGGCAAGCCCUUCCAGCUUGCGAGGGGGUGUUGGAGCUGAAGUAAAAUGGGCCAAGCCACCUUAGUUUAGUUUUAGCUUAGUCAGUUUUAUUGUUGAGCCCAUUUGUGUAGAUGAUAAUUAUUUUCAUGUACUCAAUCCAUUUGUUUAUAUAAGAGACUUGUACAGUGAAUCAAAGGAACACAAUUUCACAUAAUAAGAGUACCCGAUAUUUCUCUUCUA